AUGGCCUCAAGAGUCUCCCGUUUGGGCCUGGCCGCCCUUUUCCUUGGCUUCGCAGCCGCCCAGCGCCAGGUCGGACCGGCCGAGAACCACCCAUCGCUGAAGACGUGGCGUUGCACCAAGGCCGGCGGCUGCACUGAGGCCAGCAACUUCAUCGUCCUCGACUCCCUUGCGCACAACGUCUACCAGGAGGCCAACGGCGCGUCCUGCGGCUCCUGGGGCAACCCGCCCAACGCGACGGCGUGUCCUACCAAGGAGGCCUGCGCCGAGAACUGCGUCCAGGAGGGCCUCGACGACUACAGCCGCAUGGGCGUCACCACGGACGGCAGUGCCAUGACAAUGUACCUGCUCCGGAACGGCCUCCAGGUGUCUCCGCGCGUCUAUCUGCUCGACUCGUCCAAAGAGAAGUAUGAAAUGAUGCACCUGACGGGCAAGGAGAUCGCUUUCGAUGUGGACGUUUCGAAGCUCCCGUGUGGCAUGAAUAGCGCCCUGUAUACAUCCGAAAUGAAGGCCGAUGGCGGGAAGAGCGCGCUUAACAAGGGAGGCGCUUUUCACGGAACCGGAUACUGCGAUGCACAGUGCUACACGACGCCAUUCAUCAAUGGCGAGGCCAACAUUGAGGGUUACGGGGCGUGCUGUAAUGAGAUGGACAUUUGGGAAUCAAACUCUCGCGCGGCACACGUGGCACCGCAUCCUUGCAAUCAGACCGGCGUCUACCUUUGCGAGGGCGAAGAGUGCGCGUACGAAGGGGUAUGCGACAAGGACGGCUGCGCCUGGAACCCGUACAGGGUCAACACCCCAGAGACCUACGGCCGCGGCCCGGAGUUCAAGGUGGACACCACGCGUCCCUUCACCGUCAUCACGCAGUUCCCGGCCAACGAGGCCGGCGUUCUCACCGAAAUCCACCGACUGUACAUCCAGGACGGGCGCCUCGUUCGCAGCCAGGUCGUCAACAACCCGGACCUGCCGCAGGUCAACUACCUCAACGACGAGUUUUGUGCCGCAACGGGCGCCCGACGGUUCACGGAGCUGGGCGCGCACCAAGAAAUGGGCGAAUCGUUCGACCGCGGCAUGGUACUGGCCUUCAGCAUCUGGUGGGACGAGGGCGGCGGCAUGAGGUGGCUUGACGGCGCGCCUGAUGCCGGGCCGUGCGAUGAGACGGAGGGGUUCCCGCAGAACGUUAUCAAGGUCGAGCCGAACCCCGUCGUGACGUUCAGCAACCUCAAGUGGGGAGAGCUCGGGUCAACGUUCAAGCCCGAGUGCAAGAACAAGCCUAGAAACCUGUGA